AUGCCGAGUACACAGAACCACGCGCAGUCCGUCAAAAUCUCCGGAAGUGAGCGUGUUGAAGCCACGCGCGAGAAUGAUUCCGCAACACAUCGGUCUGCCGACCUCGAUACUCCUACUUACCGGGCUACCCGAGCUCCCAGUCGCGAGCAUAGCAUGGCGAGUCUCCUGGAUCGAUACCGCGAAUUGCUUCGACAUCAAAAGCGCCAUGCAACCCUCGUGGCGUUGAAGGAUGAAUUGGCGGAGAUGAAACUCGCCUCCUCUGGUCUUACAGCGGGGAAUCUCAGCACUACAACUCAUGAAGACCUGACAGAGACGCACUCGCGGCCACACCAGCUAGAGACACUCGCCGUCUCUGUUAGGGGAGCCGUCCAAGAUCUUGAACUGGCUGUGGUGCAAGCACACCAGGAAGCUAAAAGGGAAAAGGCCUUGCUGGACCGUGCUAAAUCUUCGACGCCGGAUAUGAAUCAACGGAAUCCACAGAGCCGUCGAUAUGCUAUCUCUGCAGUGCGCAAGGAGCUGACGGAGUGGCUUGAGCAAAGUCUGGACAAAUGCCAGGAGAGUCAUGACACGGGAGAGAGAGAUGGAGAAGGAGAAGUUGAGAAUGACGGCAAUGAUGAUGCACGCUGGGAAGCGAAGAUUGACGACCAGUAUGAGCGCUAUCUCGACGCACGAAGACGUUUGAUCAGUGCUGUCACUUGCUUGAGGACUCCCCUUGCGACACAAGAACGUGAGGCUACCGUCCGUAUCACUCGGCCUCUGAGCAAAUCCACCGCGCGGUUGGAGCCGACCGGUGUGGUAAAUGCGAUCGAGACCCGGCUUUUACCAUCCGUGCAACAGCAUAAUACGUCGCAAGCACAUCUCACGUCCUUGGAUGAGCAGCUGCAAAAGGAGACUACUGCCACGAUCAACAUUCUCGAUCGACUCAGCGAUGAAAGUCAGCUUCUUCAGGCGUUUCCCCUGUUGGCACGUUCCGGGCGAUUCGAACAUGCUGCGUCUGCGUUUGGGAAGAAACAAGACACGCCGAACGAAGAGGUGCAGGAUACGAUCUCGAAACGACUGGAACCGUGGUUGUUCGCCGCCAAGGCUGCGGACGUGGCUUCAGCGAGCAGCGCCGAGGCCUAUUUACAGCAAGGAGACGAAGCGGUACAGGCCGCCUCGAGGAGUCUGGAUACAUUAAGGCUCGUCAAAGGGGCUGGCGGCGUGUGA